AUGGCACUCAAUUUCUCGUGGAUUGCCACUGCUCUUCUAGCUCCACUCGUGGUGACUGUUUUCUGGACACUUUCUUCGACAUCUUCUGGCUUCAGCUCCUUUCCCACCUUGUACAACAAACGCAUAUGUCUGCUUAUUGCACAUCCCGAUGAUGAGGCAAUGUUCUUCGCUCCUACUGUGUUAGCACUUACAAAACCAGAAUUGGGGAAUCAUGUGAAGAUACUGUGUUUGAGUACUGGUAAUGCAGACGGUUUAGGCGACAUCCGACGAAAAGAGCUCCAACAGAGCGCCGUCCAUUUAGGCCUCCGAGAUGAAUCCGACGUUUUCGUAGUCGACGACUCGUCCCGUUUCCCCGAUAGUAUGACCACAACCUGGUCAGCCAAGGACGUCUCAUCCCUCCUCGCGUCGGCUUUUGCCCCCGAGCUUGCUUCUGGUCGAGCAGCGCGUGAGGAUGUUGCUCCUAAAGCUACCAUCGACGUCAUUCUAACCUUCGACGAGCACGGAGUUAGCAACCACCCCAAUCAUCGAUCUUUAUAUCACGGCGCGGUCGCAUUUUUGAAAGCGCUGAUGGAUGGCAAGAGCGGAUACUCAUGCCCCGUGACCUUAUACACGUUAACAACCACCAACAUCGUCCGGAAAUAUUCCGGUAUCCUCGAUUCGUUUUUGACGAUGAUUCUUGGAGCGUUUUCAAAUCUCGGUGACUCAAUAGCAUUGGCAGGCAAGAAAGGAACAGCAAAAAAUAAUGGUUGCGCCAGUCGUCUUUUGUAUAUCAGCUCGUUUCAGGACUGGGUACAAGCUCGCACUGCGAUGACAGACGGUCACAAGAGUCAAAUGCUUUGGUUCCGAUGGGGUUGGAUUACUAUCGGGCGAUACAUGUUUGUCAAUGACCUGAAGAGGGAGAAGAUUUGA